AUGUGUGAGGCUGAGCGUGUCCACCCCCUCCUCAGGUACGUACUCCGCAGAUGCGUGUGUGCUCUCACACGCACACACGCGAGAGAGCACACGCAUACACAGCAGCAACGAAAGGCCGCUGUGUUCUCCGUCAUGUUCAUCUUGCGCAUCGCCGGCGACGUGGACGGCUUCAAGCGCAACGUCGAGGUGUCUUUUCCACAUCGCCCGUCACUUCAGCAAGUGUGCAUCGUUGCGGAGACGAUUCUUCCACUGCAAGAGCGGAGUGGUCGCCGGUCGUGGCACCCAACGUGGGCGGCAGCAACGCAGGAUGCGGGAGACGACACCGCUAGCACUGCAGCGUCUUUCAUAGCUCCAGUUGAUGCCAGCCCGCGCGCCGCAGCGCUGGCGGCCAUAUAUACUGUGGAGUCACUGGUCUACUUGAACAGGGCCACUCAUGAGUGGGAAGGGCUUUACAGCGCCUCUCAGCUCACGUCGGGGUCACAGGUGUAUUGCUUCUUCCCUCUGCAGCACCGUCGGGUGGCCGCGGCCAUGGGGAGAGGCUCGAGCUCUGCUCUCCCGUCCUCGUCUUCUGCAUUUCCUGUACGAGAGGAGUACGUGAAUGAGGCCGAGUCGCCAAGCUUGCAGGCUUAUGCGAGUCUACCUAUCAGAACUGGGGUUCAGCAGAGCCGGGCCGACCCCGAUCGCCCAGGCGCCAUUCCAGCUCCGCAGCAGCGCCUUGUCUGGGACUGCGCCAGUGGUGUUCGAGGUGGCGUUCGGCCGAGACGGAAGGGCGUGGAUGGAGGCUUCAGCCACGUCGACUCUGCCUCUCCCUCGCCGAUGCAGGCAAGUGUGCGGAGCAGCAGUGAUACGGCACACGGCUUUGCCGCUGGACUGCGCCGAAGGCGCGCCUCGUCUCCUUUUUCGUCGUGCAGUCGCCGCCUCUCCUCCCUGUCACCCUCCAGCGCUGUUCCGUUCGGUGCCUCAGCGUGGCCAACCCUUUCGCCCACAGUAGGGACGGCACCUCGAGCGGUAGACAGGGCACGAUCGCCAUCUUUUCGCUCCGCCCCCACCUUCCCCACACCUCCCCGCCAUGUUGGCGCAGACUUUGUGCGCACCACGUCCCUGCCCACCCGCAAAGACUGCAGGGGUCUUGUGGAGGCGCAAGCCCAGAAGGCGUCACCAUCGCGGCGUCAUUCGACCUUGUCUUGGCUGCGCGAUGAUUGCAACAGUUCUCUCUCGGCCUUGCGCCAAGGCUGGUCUGCGUUGCUGCUCAGCAGCGAGGGCGGGCGCGGCAACCGCUACGCCCAUCUCGGCGAUCGCCUGGCUUUGUUGUUCGACGUUUUGGUGCACCUUGACCCUCAGGAGGACGGGGCAGGGCAGCGGCAGUACAUCCUCUUGAGGAACUUCUAUCUCCUCGCCGCUCGCUUCGCUUCUACUUUCACCGCUGCCGCUGCUCCUCCUUGCCCGACGUACGCUUCGAUGAGCGCCUAUGGCACGUCUAUCUCGUCGACGGUCAUGAACAUUACGGCAGAGCUGGAUGCACGGCUGCAUUGGACCUGGAACGAUGUCGUGCGACACGCGGACAAGGAUCGCGAUGGCUGCAUCGCGUACAGAGAGUGGAUCUCAUUCGGCAUCGAACACCCAGAGGUGAUUCAGUUGCUAUGCCGCGCUGUUCACGCACUACUCCUGGGCGAGGCAGCUUCGUCAGGCAGUCAUUACGCCGACAGACACGCCAGCCCAGGUGCACAGACUCCGCUGUUAGCGCCUUCCGACCACUUCUUUUAUCACUCCACCCCCUCUAUGGGGCACGAGGGAGACAGGACUCGCAACAGCAAUGCCGAGCUCUUCUCAAGCGUCUUGCAAUGCUGCCGUAUGCAUCAAGGCCAGACCGAUGGCAUAAACGCCGACAGAGGUAAAGUGAUGCGUGCUGCUGAAGUGCAUGGACGGCAUGCUAAGCGUUACGAGGCGUGCCGCGAGCUGCACGCUGAGCUCUCCGAGGAUUGCCGCAGCAGAGUAUCCGCGCAAGCAAGCAUUGGAUUCGCCCUGAGGCGCUGA